AUGACUUCAAAAACACCAGUCGCAUUCCGGGGAGGAGAGGCCCCAAAGCAUCUGAAUCAAUUUUGGGCUGACUUGGAAACAUCAAUCAACUACGCGACCAAGUUCAACCCUUAUAGGAAGACCGCGGUUAUUGCUUUCCACUGGGAAAAUGACGAUAUGGAAGUUGAGAAGCUUGAGAGAGAGCUCCUCGGCGUCUUUCACUCGAGUUAUGGAUUUGAGACCGAGAGUUUUUUGAUUCCCGUGCAGUUCUCCCUACCGAGUCUGACGGAACACCUCAUAGCGUGGUCAAGACGUAAUUCUGGCGACGACACACUCCGAGUGCUCGUUUACUCAGGCCAUGCAAGUUCUGCUGGGACUGUAGCUCCUUACUGGAAUCUGGGCGGCAGGUGUGAUCGAAAUACCGGCAGCCUACAAGGACCCCAAUUCAACUGGUGGGGAGUCAGGGAAACCUUGGAAGUCUACCCGGGCGACAGUUGCUACAUUUUCGAUUGUUGCUCCGCUGCAUCAGGCGCUCUCAACGCGUACAACGGCGCGGAGUUCAUGGCGGCCUGUGCCUGGGAGCAAACAGCAACAUCAAACCUCAACUUCUGUUUUACUCGGGUCCUGAUUGACGAGCUUCGCCAGCUGGAUGGCCGCCCUGAAACACUGGCUAGUAUUUAUGCUCGAAUCUUUCGCUAUGCGCAGCAAAACCAAGUUGCGGCCACGCCAGUCCACAUCCCCAAGCGGAAUUCUCCGAGUGUCACGAUCGGCCGCAACCACUCAAGGCCACCAAUCACGAGAAAGAGUGAGCAAAAUACUUACAACGUGCUCCUCAGCGUCAAAGUCCGGGAAGAAAUCCCCCUGGAUCCCACUCAAUGGAAGCAGUGGCUGACCCGCAAUAUCCCUCCGAACGUCCAGUCCGCCAAUAUCACGAUCGAAGGAGCGUUUCAAGGUUCUAGCCUUCUUCUUUUCUCUGUUCCGGUGGAAGUUUGGACGAUGCUACCGGCGAAUGAUUCAUCAUACACCUUUGUCGGACAUGUCAAGUCCCAUAUCAUCGUGCCACAACCUGUGGCACACACAACUACGCUACCCACGCACCACGCCGUUCCCCCCGCGAGAGAAAAUCAGCGACCCCGGAGCCCAGAUAGAAAAGCGUUUGGGAGUCCCGGGUCUGCACCAUUUCGUUGA